AUGAAGGACACGGAGACAACGGACAGGAGCAGCCGGCCGCGAUUUGACCCGGAGAGAAUAUCCCUAGAACACGCCGACUUACUCAAAACAUUCGGGCUGUCCGAGAUACCCGACUCUAAUAACACGGGCGCAACCAUCGACAAGCUAGGCCGUAUCUCCAUAACCUCUGAAGAGGAAAGCCGCCAAAAACAUAGAACGGCCCUCGCCCUGUCUCGCGCCCCAGCCUGCCUGGACGAGCGAGACUUCAUGUCAAUCCUGGGCCAGGGAAAAUACCUCAACAAAUGGAGAAAUACAAGAGGUCUUGAGAAAAUAAUUCCCCUGCGCUUCCCUGAUACCCUACGGCGCUCGAAUACGUGGAUCUUGAUAUUCUACAGCCCUGCCGCCGCGAAGGAGUUCCAGGACAAGGUGUAUCGCCUCUUCGAAUUUGCCCGUGACAAUCUUCCAACAUCCAGCAUGUCCCGCAUCACGCCGCCACCGAACUACACCGCCGAUGGUGCGUGCGAGUACAGGCUGAACGACUACACCCUCACAUCGCCCUGGCUGCCGCUUUCCCUAUAUGCGUGCCUGGAGCCGUUCGACCAGAAGCUUCAAGACGCGAUCGACCUCCACAACAACCUGGCGUCCAGGCAUGGAAAGCACGGAUUCCCGGUCCGAAUCUGGAUCGACAGCCAGAGCCGUUUCACUCUCAAGCAGGAAUACGUCCGUCGACUCCUGCUGUGGGACGGGCAAAACAGGUGGUCGCCGUGGCAGUUGGUCGAACAGGACCCGAUUACGCCGCUGAUGGAACCGCUUUCCAACGAGAUCUUGACCCCGGACGAGGAGAGUUCGGCGGAGGGCGAUUGCUGGCGCAUCGCGUUUCAGACUGCGGCAGAGGCGAGGCGAUUUGUCAGGGUUUGGCACAGGAGCGUGCUCCCCAAACUGGAUGCGUUACCGUUUUACCCCGACCCCCCGCCGUUGAUGAAGGCCGAGUGCCUAUUUGAAGGCGACGUCUGUUGA